UCGCAUUCGAUCCAUGAUGCACAUAGUCGCCAUGCGACGUACAAAGUCACAAAAGGUGAAUGGGAAGCCUUUGGUGGAGCUACCAGAUCGCCAACUCUUCAUCCAACCUGUUGAGUUAUCUCUUGAAGAAAGGAAACUUUAUGAUUCAAUGGCUAACGAGGGCAAGCUCCUCAUUGGAAACUAUGUAAGAUCUGAAGCACUUUUUCAAAAUUAUGCUGAUGUCCUUGCUAUCUUGAUGAGACUGAGACAACUGUGCUGUCAUCCAAGGCUUUGUGCCAGUGCAUUGGCACUGUUGUCAGAGUCAUCUAAAAGUGGCACCCCAGAAGAGCUUCGCCAACGCCUUAUUGCAUCUUUAAUGGCGGUGCUUGCUACUGGUGUGGACGAAGAAUGCCCUGUCUGUCUGGACUCGCUUGUCAAUCCUGUCAUAACCCACUGCGCUCAUGUCUUCUGUCGUCCAUGCAUUGAGAAUGUCAUCAAGACUACCGAUCAUCAUCAGGGACGAUGUCCAUUAUGUCGGGGAGACAUAAAGACCAACCAGUUAGUUGAAGUUCCCAAUGAGGUGGAAGAAUGUGGGUCAGCAGAUGGUGAAAAAUGGCAGUCCAGUAGCAAGGUUGAUUGUUUGAUGGCCAAACUAGUAGAGCUAAGAAACAAAGAUCCAACAAUCAAGAGCUUAGUCAUUUCGCAGUUCACUUCUUUGCUUAGCCUUAUCGAGGUUCCCCUCAAUGCCCAAAAGUUUUCGUACGUUCGUCUUGAUGGCUCCAUGUCUCAGGCAAGGCGAGCGGAAGUCAUUGAUGCCUUCAAUAAAUCCAACCCAGACUCCCCGACUGUGUUCUUGUUGUCACUGAAGGCGGGAGGAGUGGGGCUUAAUCUUACUGCAGCUUGUCGGGUGUUUCUGCUGGACCCGGCAUGGAAUCCUGCUGCAGAGGAGCAAUGCUUUGAUAGAUGCCAUCGUCUUGGACAAACUCGUGAUGUAAUCAUCACCAAGUUUGUGGUGAAAGAUUCCGUAGAAGAACGCAUGUUAGAUUUGCAGAAGAAGAAAAGAGAACUCAUGGUAGAAGCAUUCAAGAAGAAGACCUCAGUAGAAGAUCGACGAAAACAAAGAAUUAACGAAAUCAAGGCUUUGAUUGACCUCUGAUUUAACGAUCUGUAAAAUGUGCCUAGACUUUGACCAUGUUGCGAGGUCAAGUUUACCGAGAUUCUGCAUUUCACGAUGGAAAAGGUCUUCCUAGUUUCAAUGGAUGUUUAUGGGAUUGAAAAUGGUUCCAGUUAUUUAUUCAAAAGAAUGCUUCAUGCAGCAAGACUGUCAGAGAACUUUAAGCUAAAGUUAUACUGCAUCAACGUCACGUUAUCGAGAUUCCUCGAAAUCACUGAACAUUUAUUUAAGAUGUUAAAAAUAAAUAGUUUCUCAAAAUGAAACAAUGUUAGACUAGACCUUCAUUCAAAGAAUACGGAAUUUCUCAGCUGUCUCUCAAAACCACACGUUAUACAACAGAAAGGAGUUAAGGGAAAGACCAUUAGAUAAUUGAGGAAGGGGUUGCGUGAAUCCCAAAAAAAUAUCAAGCACUUCACGUACGGAAAAAAUAUCGCGCAACCUCUUCUCUCAAUAAAGAAAUAUCAAGCAAACACAAAAACCAUUGCGUGUAGGGGUUGUUAAGAAAAAAUAAAUAUCGCGCAAUAUAAAUUCCUGCAACCUCCCCUCAAUCAGUUAUCCAAUGGUCUAUCCCUAAUAGAGAAUAUAAUAGGUUUGCGGUACAUACAGAAGGACCCCAAAUUUCCCCAUAUGUCAAAUAAUCACUGAAAUAUUUUGCAUUUGUUCUCGCGUAUUCUUAUGGUAUAGAGGUUUUGCACCAUCACGUGACGGCAGCCAUGUUAGAUGGCAGGAACAAUACGAUCGUUUUUAUGAGAAAGAAUUCAA